GCGGCGUCCGGCUCUGGGAGAGCUGGGGGAGGAGCUCGGCGGCGGCGGCUCUAGAAGAGGAGGAGGAGGCGGCGGAGGAUAUCCUUUCCUCUUCUCAGACCCUGGAGCGUCCCGGACGCGGAGCCCGGAACUUGGGGGACGCGGCGACUGCGGGGGCCCGCGAUAGAAUCUGUCUUGAGAAAAGAGACAUGAAUGUCUGCAGCAAUUUUUCCUGACAAGAAGGUGAUACAGGAGAACGGAGAUAACAGCUAGUGAGCAAAAUUUCGAAUAACCAGGAUUUUGCAUUUGUCCCUUCCAACCACAGACUUCUGCUCAUUUUUAAAAUUAGAGAUAAUAUCAACACUCAGAACCAAGACAAGGCAAAAGGAUUCUUUUCUUCUGUAUUUUUAAUAUCAGCGAACCUGCAAUGUCUAGGAAACAAAAUCAGAAGGAUAUAUCUGGAUUCAUAUUUGAUUUGCAGUCCAAUACUGUGCUGGCCCAGGGAGGAACUUUUGAGAAUAUGAAAGAGAAGAUAAAUGCAGUGCGUGCAAUAGUUCCCAAUAAGAGCAACAAUGAAAUUAUCCUGGUUUUGCAGCACUUUGAUAAUUGUGUGGAUAAAACAGUACAAGCAUUCAUGGAAGGUAGUGCCAGUGAAGUACUCAAAGAAUGGACAGUAACAGGCAAGAAGAAGAACAAAAAGAAGAAAAGUAAACCAAAACCUGCAGCAGAAGCAAGUAACACUGUCCCAGAUUCCAGUAAAUCAGUUUCCAUUCAAGGGGAGCAUGCUGUGCCUUCCUCAGAGAAAGGUGGUGUUAAUGGUUACCAUGUGAACGGUGCCAUCAAUGACACUGAAUCUGUGGACUCACUCAGUGAAGGUUUGGAGACACUUUCAAUAGAUGCCAGAGAACUAGAGGAUCCUGAGCCUGCCACACCAGAUAUGCUGGGUAGAACAGGAUCCAUGCUGGAGAAUGGUGUCUCUGAUUUUGAGACCAAGCCUUUGACUAUGCACUCUUCUCAGAAUUCGCAGCAAUCCAGGAAUGCUGCCAAAUCUCUCUCAAGACCAACCACAGGACUUCAGCUUUCCAGUCUGGGGAUAGAUGGUGUUCCACUCUCCUCUACUACCAAAAAGCUAGGUUCCAAUAUCGAAAAAUCUGUAAAAGACCUCCAGCGCUGCACAGUCUCUCUUGCACGGUAUCGAGUUGUAGUUAAAGAAGAGAUGGAUACCUCUAUUAAGAAAAUGAAACAAGCUUUUGCUGAACUUCAGAGCUGUUUAAUGGACCGGGAAGUGGCGUUGCUUGCUGAAAUGGACAAAGUGAAAGCUGAAGCAAUGGAAAUUUUGCUCAGCCGACAAAAGAAAGCCGAACUUCUGAAGAAGAUGACUGAGGUGGCUGUUCGAAUGUCAGAGGAGCAAUUGGUUGAGCUCAGAGCCGAUAUUAAACACUUUGUUAGUGAACGUAAAUAUGAUGAAGAUCUGGGACGAGUAGCCCGGUUCACCUGUGAUGUAGAAACCCUAAAGAAGAGCAUUGAUUCGUUUGGACAAGUGUCCCAUCCAAAGAACAGCUAUUCAACCAGAUCCCGUUGCAGCUCAGUUACAUCUGUGUCCUUGAACAGCCCAAGUGAUGCCUCUGCUGCUUCCUCUUCCACCUGUGCCUCUGCUCCCAGCCUUAUAAGUGCUAAUAAGAAAAACUCUGCACCAGGAGAGACUCCUGCAGCCAUAGCAAACUCCAGUGGCCGGCCCUAUCAGCCUCAUCGGGAGGCAUUGCCGGGGAACAGACGAGGAGGACAAGGCUACAGGCCACAAGGCCAAAAGUCCAACAACCCCAUGAACCAAGGGCGACAUGACAGUGUGGGUCGUUACAGAAAUAGCUCAUGGUAUUCAUCUAGUUCCAGGUAUCAGAGUGCUCCACUCCAGGCACCAGGAAACAUAAGUGAGCAGGGCCAGGCUCACUCUGCAGGGACCAGUGGAACUGGAGCCAGCAUGGAGCCUAGCCAGGCCAAGCCCUCAUUCAAAAAGGGGCUCCCCCAGCGCAAACCCAGGACCGCUCAGCCUGAAGCCAUGAACUCUUGAGGGAAAUUCAAAUUGACUCCACUCUUCUAUCCCACACAAUUCAACUUGAUAACUGGACUUUAGAAGACGUAUAGUUAGAUUUAAUAACAAAAAGAAGUUUAUGCAUAUCACUUUUUGUGCCAUUCUAAAUAUUUUUGAUCUUCUCAUUUCCUCCUUAACCUUUUUAAAGGGGAAGCUGUCUUUUCCCAUGACCUUUCCCAGUGAAAAGGUGAUUCUGAUUGGCCAUUUCCACCAGGAAUGAGAGAUAACUGUUGCCAGGUUUCCCAAGAGUAAGCAGCGCUCUUCCCAGUGCAUCAGGCCUUUCAGUUGCCCAAAGAGGCCUUACUGAGCAACUCCCCACUGUUUAGGCUGUCUCUGAGGGAAGUGGAUCAGAGCUACCCUGUUGCCUUUUCAGUCUAGGCAGAAGCCAGAAAUGCCUGCCAGGUUCCCUCUAGACAGUGUGACUAGGAAAGACAGUGAGGGGACUGUGCUCUGGAUUAGCCAGAAAAGGGAAAAUUUAAUUGGUGAAAAAGAGAGAACUCUAGGAAACAUUUGAGAAUUUGCCUCUACUCUCAAAAUGUUUUUUGAGAGAGAUUUGACACUCAAUUUGAGAUUUGACACUCAAAUCAGGGUUUCAGUCCCCAACUUGGCACUGUAGCUUAACCUGCAGUUUCAUCAGAAUGCCCAAAGCCUGGUUUCCUAUUAUCUUAGACUGCAGACCAGAGAAGUCUAUGGGAAGGUAGCAUUUAAUUAAACAACAACAAAAAAAUUUCUCUGUUUAAAUGUUUGGAGAUUUUUUUCUUUUCCCUCUUCCCUGAAUUCUGUUCUUAUCCUGAACUAAAUUUAUAGCAAAAUAAUUAGUGUUAAUCUAAGGUGUUACCCAUCAAAAAAUUGCUGCAGUCUUUAUAGUUAAAUGAAUAAAAACACUGCAUAAAUGUUCCCACAUUUGUUUCAUGGCAGCAAGUGAUUUCAUUUCAUUAUCUGUUUUUCUUUGGGCCUCAUGGGGUAGAAGUCACUUGGACAGCUUGUUCUGGGCUUAAAUGAGGGUGUCUGAUUCCCAAGUCAUUUGUCUGCUGGUUAGCGUCAAAACCAAAUUAAAAUGUGAAAGGCAAGACGAGCAAAUGCAGCUGUUCCUUGUGGGAAAGGAUUGUAGGACUUUCCAAAGGAGAGCUUACCAAUUUCGAAAAACCACAGCUGCCAGCAGCUCUCCCGGGCAACCAAAGGUUAUAUGGGCACCCUCUUCCCCACUCCCUGUCCCUUGACAGGAGUGGUGAGUGUAACAAUAUAAUUGGGCUUCUGUAUGUAGCAGGUGGCAUUGGUGCCAGACCCCUUCACCCCACACCUGCCUCCAGCAUCUAUGAUUUAAUAACAGCAGAGCUUUUUCUUUCUCCAUCUUAUGUUUUCCCAAGGCUGAAGCCCAGACUGUAAGUGGCAGCCAUGCAGAACUUAGCUGCCUCAGGGCUUCCCCUGGCUCUUUGACUGAAGCUGAGCUGCCAGGGUUCAGGUUUGCUGAACAUAUUGAGUGUGUGUGUGCACGUGUUUGUCGUGCAGUAAAGAAAACACUAGUUAAAGAAUCCUGGGAAGCCACUUUCCAAGGGGCUGAUAACCUCACUUUGAGGAAUUUGUCCAGUACCACCAUCAGUCUUCUGGGUGCCAGGGAAAAAAGCUAACCUAUCUUUUGUAGGAAAUCCAGAGACAGAAAUGACCUUGAAGGAUUAUGUGGUCUAUCCCUAUAAACAGGGAAGACUGUAUGUAACCCAGCCAGCCAAAUGGGAACCCACAUGUUUAUCAAAACCUCCUUAAAGUUGGAAUUAAAAUCCCCUUAUAGAAAAAUACUUGAAGAUUUUUUCCUAUGCCACAAAAAGUUUAAAAAUUCUGAAGUUUUUUUUUUUUUGCAUUUUUUAAAUUACAAAAGUAGUAUUUAAAAUAUUAAAUAAUACAGAAAUGUGAAAACAGAAAGGAAAAGUUUUUCACUUUCCCAUUCCACUCCUCAAGGGUACCACUGUUAAUAAUUUGGCAUACAUCCUAGACCUUUUUAAAAGUAUAUAGGUGCCUAUAUGCAUGGAUUUUUUAAAAAUAUUGUUUCAUGCUUUCUGUAAUUUUAAAAAAUUUAAUAUGCUGAAGUCCUCAUUCAUAUAGGAGCUCAUGCAGAUAUUCUACUCCUAAAUUUGCCAGUUUGACUUUUCUUCAGUGAAAAGAAGUUAGGAGUUAGGUUUACCUAAGUCUGAAUUUUGCAACAUGUUCCUUGCUCUCCAUAAUAUCUCUGGGUUUCCCAAAGCCCAAAGAUGCCCUACCUAACCAUCAUUCACUCUUUCUUUUUCUAUUUCCCUUUACAGACAAAUAAAUGCCUUGACCUUCCCCAAUCUAGACAUUGAACUGGGACUUCUGUUGCUUAGUCCUGUCAAUUAAUUAUUUGCCACUUGAGAGGUAAAUUUAAAUUAACAUGGCUUCGUUAUGAACAUCAAGUAUUUCCUAGACCCUUAAUUUGUGGCAAUUUUUAAAUCUCACUUUUUAGAAAAAGUAAUACAGAGUAUUGUUUGUUUAAUAUAAAUGGCUACAUGGUGGAAAGUAAAAAUCCCUCCUUUACCUUGUUCCAAUCCCCCCAAACAAUCAUUGGUAAGUUUCUUGUAUAUCUUUCCAGAAAUUUUCUAAACCAAAACAAGCAAAUACAGUUUUUCUUUAUUUUACAUAAAUGGAAAUCAUAUUAUGCGUACUCUUAUACAACUUGCUUUUUUCACUUCUGUUUGUAGAACUAGGUGGUGGUGGUAGGGUUGUUUGUUUUUAAGAAAAAGCAGUAUAUACAAAUGGUAAAAUGUCCAAAGAGUUCAAAAGAAUAUAUGAUGAAAAGUAAUCCUCCAUUCCACUCUGGACCUUUGCCUCCUCCCCAGAAGCAACUACUGUUAAGUUUCUUCUGAAGAUUCUCUAUCCUUGUACAAGUAUAGAUGAGAAAUGUAUACUGCUUGGACCUCCUUCCAUGUCGAUAAAUAUAAAUGUACCUUACUCUUUCUGUAGUUGCAAGUUAUUCCUUUGUAUAGAUUUAUCAUAAUUAGUUUAACAAGUAUCUAAUGAUCAUUUUCAGCUUUUUGCUAGUACAAGUAGUGUUGCAAUGAGCAUUCCAUAAUACAUGUAUCAUUCCACACUGUGAGGGUGUAAUCUUUUAGAUUAAUUCCUAGUAGUGGAAUUGCUAAGUAAACGUGGAAUUGCUGGGUCAUAUAAAUAUGGAUUAAGUUCUCUUAAAGCUGCAUGGAUUUACACUGUCUCAUCAACAGUGUUUGGUAGUGCUUUGUACAGCCUUUGAGCUGGAAGUUUGGGAGAGAAAGAUAACUAAAACACAGGACAUACAGGAAAAAGUCAUAUAAGUUAAUACUGUUGCUUGAAAGAUCCAGGCAGUCCCUUGUGAGUGAAGUGAAGGAAGCAUCGCUUUAAGGGCAGGGUCCUCUGCCUGACCCAUGGCCGAUGGCUGAUCAGGCAUUUGUUCAGUGGUUUAUAGAUACGGUCAUCUCAUAAUUGCAGAAUCCCAAACCAGAGUACAAUCUGGUGAGUAUGAAUGUGUGUAUGGGAGAAAAUGGGAUAAAAGGUUUUAGGUUGGUUGUGGUCUGGAAAACCCAGGGUGCAUGAUUGUCAAUCUGUGAACUAACCUACAUUCUUGAGGGGGUCAUUAGGGUAAUGACUUGUCCCUGGAAAUCCUGCCAUUUGACUGGAUGAAAUGAAGGUCUGCCUUUCUGGUGUAUAGGGGUCACCCCACUCUAUUGUCCCACCUGCUGAAGAUUGGUAUCUCUAUGACAGUUGAUUUCAUGAAAAGGAAGAAACAGGUGUCCAAAAUGGCACAUGUUUGAAGAUCACCAACUGAUACAGGGAACUAUUUUAUCACUUUUCUCCAGUGAGUUCAGGGUACUGGCCCAGUAAUGCUGCUAACCAGCACAAUAUACAUUAAAAUUAAUGAAGCUUGAUUCUUGGUUGUUUUAGCCAUAGGGGCACAUUCUUUUGUUCAGACAUUUAUUGAGGCAUCUACUGUGUGCUAGGCACUAUGCUAAAUCCUGAGGUGAAUUAAAAUGGGAGACUGUUCUAGCUCUUUCCUCAAGGAGCUCUUCUUAAACCUUUAAAAGCUCUGUCUUGUGGCCAGGCAAUAUGGUAGAGUGCAAGGACCCUGGGCUUUUGAGACAGAUUUGACUUCCAGCUUCACAACCUUGGUAGCUGUGUGACUGACUGACCUUGGACAAAUAACAUCUUUGAACCUCUUCCUGAACUGUACAAUGGAGGGGCAUGAGGAGGUAUCUAACCAGAGGCUGCAGAAUACCCCAAGUGUCUAAGCUAAUCUUUGAUAAGUUGACUGUUCUCUCACCAUAACUCCUUGCUUUUCUGUCUCCUUCUGUGUUACAGUGUAUGUAAAAAAGACUUCCCCUAUCUCCUGCCAUACUGAUUUAUUAACCAAAAAAUAAAUGCAAAACUUCAGUAAU